AUGGGCUGCGCCGGCCGCCUGGACCUGCUGCUGGGCGUGCUGGCGCUCUUCGGGGGCCGCCUGCUCCCCGAGGCCCGGGCGGCGCGCGUCUACACCAACCACUGGGCGCUCAAGAUCGCCGGCGGCUUCCCGGAGGCCAACCGCAUCGCCAGCAAGUACGGCUUCGUCAACCUCGGACAGAUCGGGGCUCUGAAGGACUAUUACCACUUCUACCAUAGCCGGACGAUUAAAAGGUCAGUUCUCUCGAGCAGAGGAACCCACAGUUUCAUUUCAAUGGAACCAAAGGUGGAGUGGAUCCAACAGCAAGUUGUAAAGAAACGGAUCAAGCGGGAUUAUGACUUCAGUCCUAGCCAGUCUACAUACUUCAAUGACCCCAAGUGGCCCAGCAUGUGGUACAUGCACUGCAGUGACAAUUCACACCCCUGCCAGUCCGACAUGAACAUUGAAGGCGCCUGGAAAAGAGGCUACACUGGGAAGAAUGUUGUGGUCACCAUCCUGGACGACGGUAUUGAACGAACUCACCCCGAUCUGAUGCAGAACUAUGAUGCUCUGGCAAGUUGUGACGUGAACGGAAAUGACUUAGACCCAAUGCCUCGUUAUGAUGCAAGCAACGAGAACAAGCAUGGGACCCGCUGUGCUGGAGAAGUGGCCGCCGCAGCAAACAACUCACACUGCACAGUUGGAAUUGCUUUUAAUGCCAAGAUCGGAGGAGUCCGAAUGUUGGAUGGAGAUGUCACUGACAUGGUUGAAGCGAAAUCAGUGAGCUUCAACCCACAGCACGUGCACAUUUAUAGCGCAAGCUGGGGCCCAGAUGAUGAUGGCAAGACUGUGGACGGACCAGCUCCACUCACCCGCCAGGCCUUUGAAAAUGGGGUUAGAAUGGGGCGGAGAGGCCUUGGUUCUGUUUUUGUCUGGGCAUCUGGAAAUGGCGGAAGGAGCAAAGACCACUGCUCUUGUGACGGCUACACCAACAGCAUCUAUACCAUCUCCAUCAGCAGCACAGCCGAAAGUGGGAAGAAGCCCUGGUACCUAGAAGAGUGUUCGUCUACACUGGCCACAACUUACAGCAGUGGAGAGUCCUAUGAUAAGAAAAUAAUCACCACAGACCUGCGGCAGCGAUGCACGGACAAUCACACAGGCACGUCCGCCUCCGCACCCAUGGCUGCGGGCAUCAUCGCACUGGCCCUGGAAGCCAAUCCGUUUCUGACCUGGAGAGAUGUGCAGCAUGUUAUUGUCAGGACUUCCCGUGCAGGACAUUUGAACGCUAAUGACUGGAAAACCAAUGCUGCUGGUUUUAAGGUGAGCCAUCUCUAUGGAUUUGGACUGAUGGAUGCGGAAGCCAUGGUGAUGGAGGCAGAGAAGUGGACCACCGUUCCCCAGCAGCAUGUGUGUGUGGAGAGCACGGACCGACAAAUCAAGACAAUUCGUCCGAACAGUGCAGUGCGCUCCAUCUACAAAGCUUCCGGCUGCUCCAGUAACCCCAACCGCCAUGUGAACUACCUGGAACACGUAGUCGUACGCAUCACCAUCACUCACCCCAGAAGGGGAGAUCUGGCCAUCUACCUGACCUCGCCCUCGGGAACCAGGUCCCAGCUCUUGGCCAACAGACUUUUUGAUCAUUCUAUGGAAGGUUUUAAGAACUGGGAGUUCAUGACCAUUCACUGCUGGGGAGAGCGAGCUGCGGGUGACUGGGUCCUGGAAGUAUAUGAUACCCCAUCUCAGCUGAGGAACUUCAAGACUCCAGGUAAAUUGAAAGAGUGGUCUUUAGUCCUCUACGGCACCUCUGUACAGCCAUACUCACCAACCAACGAAUUCCCCAAAGUGGAGCGUUCCCGCUACAGCAGAGUAGAGGACCCUACAGAUGAUUAUGGGACAGAGGAGUACGCGGGUCUCUGUGACCCCGAGUGCAGCGAGGUGGGCUGUGACGGGCCAGGGCCAGAACACUGCAAUGACUGUCUCCACUACUACUACAAGCUGAAGAACAACACCAGGAUUUGUGUCUCCAGCUGUCCCCCGGGUCACUACCAUGCAGACAAGAAGCGGUGCAGAAAGUGUGCCCCCAACUGUGAGUCUUGCUUUGGAAGUCACAGUGACCAGUGCUUAGCCUGUAAAUAUGGCUACUUCCUAAAUGAAGAAACGAACAGCUGUGUUACCCACUGCCCGGAUGGAUCCUAUCAAGACACCAAGAAAAAUCUUUGCCGGAAAUGCAGUGAAAACUGCAAGACAUGUACUGAAUUCCACGACUGCACAGAAUGUAGAGAUGGGUUAAGCCUGCAGGGAUCCCACUGCCACGUCACCUGUGAGAAUGGAUGGUUCUUCAACGGACAGGAGUGCCAGCCCUGUCACCGGUUCUGCGCCACUUGUGCUGGGGCAGGCGCCAAUGGGUGUAUUAACUGCACAGAUGGUUACUUCAUGGAGGAGGGGAGGUGUGUACAGAGCUGCAGCAUCAACUCUUACUUUGAUCACUCUUCAGAGAAUGGACACAAAUCCUGCAAAAGAUGUGACAGCAGCUGUUUGACAUGCAAUGGCCCAGGGUUCAAGAAUUGUACAAGCUGUCCCAAUGGGUAUCUCCUAGACUUAGGAAUGUGUCAGAUGGGAACCAUCUGCAAAGAUGGAGAAUACGUGGACCCGCAUGGCCGCUGCCAGCUCUGUGAAGCUUCAUGUGCCUCUUGUAGGGGGCCUGGCCCAGAGGACUGCACGAAGUGCCCAGAGACAAGGAUUUUUGAUGCUGGUCGCUGUAUUUCCAACUGUCCUUUGGGGACAUUCAACUUUCAGAACGAAUGCCAUCCCUGCCACUACACCUGCCAAGAAUGCCAAGGAAAUGAGCCCUCUAAAUGCACUGCCUGUGGAACAGAUAAGCAUGGCCAAGAGCGCUUCCUGGACCAGGGGAAGUGUCUGGAGAGGUGUCCAGAAGGUCGCUUCCCGGGAGAGGGACAUGUCUGCCUGCCCUGUCCAGACAACUGUGAGCUGUGUCACAGUACUAACAGCUGCACACAAUGCCGGAGAGGCUACUUCAUAGCACCGACCAACCACACCUGCCAGAAAUCAGAGUGUGGGAAAGGUGAGGUCCAGGACCCAGACUAUGAGGGAUGCAUACCUUGUGAAGAAGGAUGUCUUGGAUGCACCAUGGAUGACCCAGGAACAUGCACAUCUUGCGCCAUGGGGUAUUACAUGUUUGAGAGCCACUGUUACCGGGUCUGCCCUGAGAAGACCUACAAGAAAGGACUCGAAUGUCAGGCCUGUGAUCCCAACUGCAGCAGUUGCGAGGGUAGCGUGUGUUACUGGUGUGAAGAUGGCUUCUUCCUCCUGGGUGAUCGCUGUGUGAGUGAGUGUGGCCCCGGCUUCUUCGGAGACUCCGAGACGGGUGAAUGUGAGCCGUGCCACAACACCUGUGACACCUGCACAGGCCGGGGCCCCAGCGCCUGCAGCAGCUGCCUGGCAGGACUCCAGCUGCGUCUUGGGACCUGUGUGCACCCGGCGAAGACCCAGGGCCAAGGCAGAUUCUGGAACGAAGCAGUACCCCCGACAAGCAAACCUUUGGUGAAGAACUUGCCGAAGGAGCGACGAAGGUGGAGGUUUCGAAUGAAAAGAGACGAGUUGAGAGAACUGCAGCCUUGCGACCCAUCCUGUAAGACCUGCAAUGGAUCUGCAACCUCGUGUACAUCAUGCCCGAAGGGUGCAUAUCUCUUGGCACAGGCGUGUGUCUCCUCUUGUCCCCAGGGCACAUGGCCCUCUGUGAAGAGUGGCAAUUGUGAGAACUGUACGGAGGGAUGUGCCGCUUGCUCUGAAGCCAACCUCUGCAAAAAGUGCCAGACACCGACCGAUCACAUGCUCGUCCUCCAUGAAGGCAGGUGUUACUCCAAGUGUCCCGGCGGCUUCUAUGCAGAAGAUGGCACAUGUGAAAAGUGUAGUUCUUCUUGCAAAACAUGUGAAGGAAAUGCCACCAACUGUCUGUCAUGUGCAGAGGACCUCGUCCUGGACCAAGGAGUAUGUCAGAAGGCCUGCCCCCAGAAGCAGGUGGCCAUGGAGGGUGUGUGCAAACCUUGCCCUGAGAUGUGUGAGGAUUGCAUCCAUGAGAAAAUAUGCAAAGAGUGCAUGCCUGACACCUUCCUGCUGGAGCACGUGUGCCAUAAAUCCUGUCCUUCUGGCUACUACAAAGAAGGACGUCAGUGUGUCCCUUGCCACAGAGACUGUCUAGAGUGCAGUGGCCACUCCGCAGAAGACUGUGACCGCUGUGCUGGCUCAUCAUCCUAUCUCUACAAUGGGCAGUGUUUGCAGGCAUGCCCUGCAGGAACUUACCACACGCUAUGGAGCGAGUACUGCAGAGAUUGCUUGAAGUCAUGCCAGACCUGCUCCUCAUCUGGGACCUGCAUUACAUGCCCAGCAGGGCUGAUGCUGAACCGAGCCAGGAAUUGUGUGCCGCAUCAGGAAUGUGCACCCUCAGAGUACUGGACAAAGUCCCUGGGAUGUCAGCCUUGCCACAAGACGUGCUUGCACUGCUCAGGCCCAGCACCCCACCAGUGUUACUCCUGCUGGAAGGGGGACCGGCUUCUCAACACCACCUGUGUGAAGGAGUGUCCUGAGGGAUACUAUGAGGACGGUGAUCAGUGUCUCCCCUGCCACAGCUCUUGUAGGACAUGUAACGGAGGACGCAGCAAACAGUGCCUCUCCUGCAAACCGGGCUUCUUCCGGCUGGGAGAGGAGUGUCUGCCCCAGUGCAGGGAAGGACAUUAUGCAGAAAGUUCCUCAGGUCAAUGUCAGAGAUGUGACAAGAGCUGCAAGAGCUGCCGGGGUCCGAGACCCACAGACUGUCUGUCUUGUGAUCCAUUUUUCUUCCUGCUGCACUCCACGGGAGAGUGUCGUCGCACCUGCCCAGACCACUACCAUGCAGAUGAAAGCAAACACACCUGCGUGAGAUGCCACCCCACUUGCAACACCUGCGAAGGAAGCGGAGACUUGAAUUGCUUAUCCUGUGUGUGGAGUUACCACCUGAUGGGAGGAAGUUGCACCUCUGACUGCCUCGUUGGGGAGUACAGAGUAGGAGAGGAAGAGGAAUUCAACUGUGAAAAAUGUCACGAGAGCUGCAUAGAAUGCAAGGGGCCCGGUGCCAACAAUUGUACCGUGUGCCCCGCCAACCUGCUACUGCACCUGGACGAGAACCGCUGCCUGCACUGCUGCAAUACUUCUGACUCCACAGAUACCCAGGAGUGCUGUGACUGCCAGGAAAGCAUGGAUGAGUGCAUCCUUCGUGAAAGUGAACUUGGGCAGAAGCCUGAGCAUCUCAAGACGGCCCUGUUCAUCACCUCCUCUGUCAUGAUGGUGCUUCUCCUCCCAGCGGCUGUGCUGGUCUGGAGGAGGUCCCGGGCUCGGGCUCAGGCAGCAGAGAAAGCUGGCUAUGCGAAGUUGUCUGAGCCUACCAGAUCUUACUCUUCCUCCACGAGCGCCCAUCUGCAGAGCACACACUUCGAAGAGGACCAGGUGAUAGAGUACAGGGACCGAGACUACGAUGAGGAUGAGGAUGAUGAUAUUGUCUAUAUGGGCCAAGACGGCACCGUCUACAGGAAAUUUAGGUUUGGAUUGCUGGAUGAGGGGGAAGAAGAUGAGCUGGAAUAUGAUGAUGAGAGCUACUCCUACGGGUAA